CUACGACAUCAUCCCCACGAAUACCCUUGCGUCCCCCCAAAGUCCAUCCCUCUCACAUCCUUCGAACAAUGGCGUCGGCUGUUGCUAUUGGUUUCGGUGUUGCGGCAGCGGCCUUCUUCGGCCGCGCCGGUCUUGUCGCGCUGCGCAGGUACCGCGGUGGCACUAACGCCCUUGGCCGCGCAUUCUACAAGGGUGGUUUCGAGGCCCGCAUGAACCGCCGCGAAGCUGCUCUGAUCCUUGAGCUUCCGGAGAGAGGCCUCAGCAAGGAGCUUAUCCGCAAGAAGCACAGGCAGCUCAUGCUGCUGAACCAUCCCGAUCGUGGCGGAAGCCCGUACCUUGCGACCAAGGUCAACGAAGCCAAGGAAUUCUUGGAAAAGAGCUGAGGCGCUGGCCAGCUAGUUAAAAAUGUACAAGUAAGGAUGCGUCUGGGCAAAGCGAGGCGUUUUUGGGUUGAGUGUUUGCAUUGGUGGCGUUCUGGGAUCACCACUCGAAGUUGGAGCGGGUUGUUGCGCAAGUAUUGGAAUGGGUUGGUUCCCAUUCUGCAGCACGCCUGCUGCCAAGAGGGCCAUACUGGCUAGCUCGUAAGGCCCUUCAGUAACCAAACAGAAAGACGUUAAGGUAUUACAUCGCAGAGGACUGUAUAUUGAGAACACGAC